AUUCUGACAAAAAUUACAACGGAAAUGUCAGUCUGACGAAUUUCCGGCAUUUGACAGUUCGAGGUUGACAGUCAAGUACGUUAGUGUUUUAAAUUUGUUUAUGUGGUAAACAAGUUUAGGUUUUAGUAUUUUUUCUUUUCAAAAUAACAUUUUUAAACAUGGAUAAGCCACGCGACAAGAUGUACCGGCGAAAAGAUAGUUUGACAAAAAUAUCAAAAAACGGCCCAGACAGCGGCAGAAAAGACGUCCCGAGACCGCGGAACAGGAGCGUAUUUACAAAUUCGCAUGUCGGCGAUGAUUUCCCGCCCAGGGACGUAAUUAAAUACGAGGGGCUUCACCAAUGGGCCCCCUACGUCCCCAAACCCAUUACUGUCAAAAAUUACUACGCAGAUGAUUUAGCUGGCGAGGUUUAUGGGGAAGACCACUAUGGAGGGGGGACUACCAUAACCCCCCAUGGGGUUAUAUCUUUGCGACUACACGACCGCAUAAGGGUCGACAUUUCUUUGGAAAGAGCCAUACGAAUUGUAAAUUUAAAAAACAGCAUCAUUUUGGCUCUAAACGCUAGCGGAAGCAGUUCGGCCCUUUUGCAUCCAAACGGGAGAGUUUUCCAGUAUGGAAGCAGGGUUGAAAUAUUGGCCCAUGAUAGCCAGGGAAACAAUAAGUAUGCCAAAAUGUGGUAUAAAGGUGUUAGUUUCACUAGUGACCAAUGCGCUUUGGUCUACCUAGUGGAUUCUGCUGGUACCAGAACCACAACUGAUACUUUUUCUGACUUAUCUAGCGAUUUUACAUUGGGAGUGUUUUUGGAUGAAACUCCCUAUAUGGACGCCUCUGGCAUGGCCCACGGCUCCCAAUUGGUCAACGAGGCAGUUGGAAUUUUGCAGGCGGCCUCCUAUUGGGUAACCGACGAUGGCACAGAUAACUGGAUUAUAAAUAACAUUAGAAUAUCGCAGACAUCUGAUGGUCUUGUAAGAGUCGGUCGCAACUCCAACAAGUUCUCGCUGCGCACAUCCCCAACAAAUGGCUCUGCUUCCGUCUCCUCCCCCUACAUGCACUGCACUGGCUCCAUGGGCCAAACGCGCCACCUGUUCGUGCGCAGAGGCGAACGGCGCAUGCACUAUGACGGCUCCACCUUUAUAGUGCGCAAUGCCGGCCACUCGGCCGGUUUCGACGACAAACACCAACUCAAAGUUUACUAAACAUUUCACUUUUUUUAAAUAAUAACACUGGCCGAUAAAAAUAGUUUUUUGUUUGCUGCAAGGUAGCCAACACUUUUUCCUAGGGUAAUUUUGUUGCGCUGAAUCUAAAAAUGACAAUUUUGCACCACCAUCUUUUGAUUUCACGAUAUUGCAAAAAAAAAUAGUUUUGUGCAAUCAUCAAAUUCGUUUAUUUU